CAAGCGAUCUUUCUUUUCAUCGUCUCGUCUUCAGUUCAAAUUUCAAAGCCCUAAAGACUCAGCCAGCCAUGACGAUCAGCAUAGUCGACCACCAGCUCCCUGACCCUACACACAACUCCUACGACGUGAAGUUUGACGACCACCAAAUCCUCACUCUCGUGACCAACACUUCCGCCAUAGUCGACUCUUGGAUUUCCGAAAUACAACGCAUCCAUCGCCGCAGGCUCCACCGUCUCAUCGUCGGCUUCGACGUCGAGUGGCGCCCUAACUACAGGCGUGACCAGGACAACCCCAUCGCCGUUCUCCAGCUCUGCGUGGGCCACAGGUGCCUCAUUUUUCAGCUCUUCCAUGCACCAAGCAUCCCGCAGAGCCUCGUGAACUUUCUCGCGAAUAAUAACUACUCGUUUGUGGGAGUGGGAAUCAAGAAGGAUGUGGAGAAAUUGUACGACGAUUACCAGUUGCGCGUGGAGAAUGUGUAUGAUUUGAGGGAUUUGGCUGUUCAGAGCACGGGAAAUCAAGAGCUCAGAAACGCGGGGUUGAAGAAAUUGGCAUCGGCCAUUUUGGGGAAAGAUAUUCAGAAACCGAGAAGAGUGACGAUGAGUCCGUGGGAUAAACAGUGUCUGUCGCUGGCUCAGGUUCAGUAUGCUUGUAUUGAUUCUUUCAUUUCGUUUGAGAUUGGGAGGAUAUGUAGUGGUUGAGUUCCUAUUUAUAUUUACUCUGAUUUUUACUCAUUUCUUUGAGAAUUAGAAUGUUGUUACUAUCCUAAAGUAAGCUGCAUGAUUUUGCAGACAAUCAACUAUAAUAUGGAUUCAGAUGUUUGGCUC